UGAUCGGGUCUGUGAUAUAUUGUAAAUACUCAGCAGCGAUCCGCCGGGGCCAUGCCAUCAUAACCUCUCUGAAAUCACCUCCACUACAGCCGAUAUUUUCACAAGGAGACUCUGAUUCCUCGUACGCCUGUAUUUGAUCCUGCCCGCCUCGUCUUGGCGUGUAAACGUGCUGGUAAAGUAUGUACCGGUCACUGUACGCGUUUCGAUCCGCGGAGCCCAACUCGCUUCACUUCGCGGCCGGAGAAAGCUUCCUAAUCCUGGAGAGGAGCAACAAACACUGGUGGCUGGGGUCCCGCUGCAGCUCGGGGGACACCGGCUACAUCCCGUCCUCAUACAUCGAGAAAAUACAGGCUCCAGAGCAGGACGAGGUGCUGCAGUCGAUAGACAGAGCCAUUGAGGGAAUCCACAAUGUUGCUCUGAAGAAUGGAGGCAAAUACAAUCUGGAACAGAGGGACGUUCUUCAAAAGCUGAUUCAUCACAGAAAAGAGACUCUUGCACGGCGGAGUUCCUCAUCCAUCAGUCACAAACAAGGCAUCCCAUCCUCCAGCAGUGAAAUUUCUCUCAGCCAGACUCCUCCGCCCAACGGCCUUAACCAAAACUAUGGACGACAGGGGGGCGUGCCACUAUCAGGAAGCAUGGACAAUAUGCAGGGAGAACAGGGUUUUUACCAGGUUCCUCCUCAAGCUCGACGUGCGGCUCCUACCACACCUCCUCCUCCUGAGAAACAGCGAAACAAUCGACGCUCAGUAGAGCCAGAGGUCCCCUCCAGAGUGUCCUCCCUCCCUCCAUCUCCUGCUCCCUCCCUCUCAAUCAGCACCACCUCUCUAGAUACUGGCUCCACCCACUCUCUGGUCUCCUCUGAUGUUAGUCUGCCCAGUGUGUCGAGCACACCCCCUCCCCCUGUGCCAUCCCGUGUGAAGCCCUCUGCACCAGCUCUGGACGUGCCCUCCUCUGACUCCCCUCCUCAGCCGGCUCCUGUAAAAAAGAGCCCGGCUCCACAGCCUCCCCAGUCCUCAGCAACCCCUCCUCCUUCACAACCUGCUGUGGAGGACCAGCCGGAGGUUGAUUGGCCCGUUGCCCCCCCUUCUGUCGCUGAAAGCCCUCCUGGCAGCCCCACUAGCCCUGAGCCAGUUCCCAUGACCAUCGGGGCCGAGUUGAUCGAACUGGUACGGAAGAACACAGGCUUGAGCUACGAGCUGUCGCGGGUCGCCGUGGGCGUGGUGGUGGGUCACCUGCAGACAGCCUUACCUCAGUCCUCCUCUGCUCUGGAGCAGGUCCUCCUCUCUCUGGUGGAGAGCAAGGAUUUGAGCGCAGGGCUACCUCAGGGUCAGGUUUGUCAUGAUGAACAGAGGCUGGAGGUGAUCUUCAGUGACCUUGCACGUCACAGAGAUGACUCCCAGCAGCGAAGCUGGGCGCUUCAUGAAGACCACGCUCUCAUCGCCUGCUACCUGGAAGAGCUGCUGAAAAUACUGACUGAUGCUGAACCUGAGGUGUGCAAGAGGAUGUGCAAGGCCAACCACUCCGAAAAUGUGCUGUCUCUGGUUUCAUAUUAUCAGAUGGAGCACCGUGUGUCUUUACGGCUGCUGUUGCUUAAAGUGUUCGGGGCCAUGUGCAGCCUGGAUGCUGCCAUUAUCUCCACCUUCCUCAACUCCAUCCUCCCAAUGGAGCUGGCUAGGGACCUUCAGACUGACACACAAGAACAUCAGAAAAUGUGCUACACUGCUUUGGUUCUUACAAUGAUCUUCUCAAUGGGUGAACAGGUGCCAUAUCACCACUAUGAACACUUGAAUGCAGACUUUGUUCAGUUUCUGUUGGGCGUGGUGGAGGACGGGCUUCCCUCUGAUCCCACUGAGCAGCUGCCUGACAUCUUCCUGAACCUCUUACUGUCCUUCAACCUGCACCACACAGCACCCAGCAACAAUGUGAUCAUGCAGGAGCUGAAGAAGAAAAAUGUCAAGAUCCUGUCAGAGAAAGUGCUGCUGCUUCUGAACAGGGGAGAUGACCCUGUGUGUAUGUUCAAACACACCCCACCCGCACCGCACUCUGUGCUCAAGUUUCUGCAAGAUGUUUUUGCCAGCAGAGAGACCGCUGACAUCUUCUACAGCACUGACAUGAUGGUGAUGAUUGAUAUCGCUGUUCGGCAAAUAUCUGACCUUUCACCUGGAGAUAAGCUGCGAAUGGAGUAUCUCUCCCUCAUGCACUCCAUUGUACGCUCAACGGACUACCUUGAGCACCAACACCGCCUGUCUGACCUGCAGGGGGCACUGCAAAGGAUCCUCAGGGAGGAGGAAGAUCCAGGAGAGGAGGACGGGUGUGCCACAGCAAAGCAGAUGGAUAAGCUAAUCGUACAGCAGAUCUACAAGGAGUUUCCACAGAUCUGUGAGAACCAGGACUAACCAUAUCAGUAUCAGACUCACACACUGUAGUCUGCUCCUGUCUGCUGCAGGGAGGUACAAAAAAGCUUGAAGAAGAGGAGUUGAACACCCCGUUUUCUGUGCCAGUUUUGCCAAUUCUCUCUUGGAAUCUGUCCAGGGCUGCAGCUUGCUGCAUGCUAUUUUUGCCGUAGGAGGUAUGUUUCCUCCAAGAAGAAAAUAUAUGACAAAUGCUCAAACAUGUAAGGUUUAGUCAGUAUUGGAGAUUAAAAAUAGCCAAAAAUAUAGGCCAAACCUUAAAGCUGUUUCACAGUGGGUUCCUAGCAAUAACAACUUCAAGAAUCAUACAUGAGGUACCUGUAUGUACUCGGUAUUUUGAGUUUAAGUAACAGCAACCAAGACUAAACCCUUUCUGAACAAAAUUACCUUUAACAAAUCUUAUUUUUAAAACAAAGUCAAAUAUUUUGAAUUAAAAAGGCGGAUCUUUCAGGAAGUAAUGUUACAGAUAAUAGUGCCAUAGGUUGAACUGUUGUGAGAAUACUUUCACCCUUAAUGUGCUUCCCUGUAAAUGGGACCAAACUACUGUGUGUUACUGAAAAGCAUUAUUUUCUUAAUAGAUCAAAUGCUCUUAAAACGGACUUCUCUGUCAUUCAUCUCUAUGUUCAUCAUAGUUAGAUUAAAAGCCUAGUGAAAUAUAGUGAUAAAAGCACAUUCUGACCUUGUUAUCAUUACUAAGCAGUUGGCUGCGUAAUUGCUGCUACAUAUCAGAUGUCUCCUGUGGCUGUGACUGCACUUUUCUGAAUCUGGUACUUUUGUCUCUUUAGCUUUUCAAACACUUAAAGAUGGUCGCUCUGCACUUACAUAUGUAAAACUCCUUAAGCAUCAGAACUCUGACAUAUUACAGAUUCUCGUCUGUUGGACUAUUUGUCCGUAUGCUGCAUUCAUGUUCGAUCUUACUGUGCUGCACUAAGGCUUUCUAGCAGCUUGCACUCUCGCUGUAAUAAAAUCAGUAUUGGCUGAUAUCAGCUACAGGUUUUUAGAGAUGAAAGUGUUUGCCCUGACUAUUCAAACAAUUAAUUUCAGUGUUUCAUCUCAUUCGAUUCUCUUUCUGAAAUUCAAGGGAAUGGAAGUACUGAGUAUUUUGUUUGUCUUCUGGAGUUUUAAUGCUCAAUACUUGACACUGACAUAAACAAUUCCUUGUUUCUCCAUGAUGUAGUGAUUGUCGUUUCCCAUUUUAAACUUUGACUUUUUUUUGUUGUCCCUGGCAUGACUUCCCUGGAAACUUGUUUCUGAGAAGGUAGACACAACCCAAGAGAAGUGAUAUCAGUAUUUAGAUAAUAUCUUACUGUUCAUUCAAUAAUUAUUUGUGUCUGUUUACAGCAGUGUAAGGGGGUGAGUGUCUCUUCUUACCAUUAUUAACAUUGUCUGCAAAAGUGCUGCAACUGUGUAAUAAUACAACUAAUAAAGCUAUAUUUUAACAGUG